GAGAGGACGAAUUGGGCGUGAAUCGCUUGUCUCUCGCGCAAAGCAAGGUCAGGGGGCGCCUGUGACCCGAGCUGCUGUUCACCUUGGCCAUCUCCUCUUGAAAAGCUCCGCAAGGGUUUCUCCUGGAGUUAGGCUCCUUAGAGGCGGUCAGCUCUCUUUAGGACCUCAGGGAAACCCAAGAGUUUCUGGCUUUAGGACCCAGGAACGCUGAGGCAGCCUGGAUUUAGAUGCCACCACCUACUUAUAGAGGCAUCCCGAGCCUUGGUCUGCAUCUCCAUUGGAAAGUGCGCUCGCCACAUCUCUUCGGCCUCCCGAGAGUGUUCUAGUCUCUCACGGGCUGGUCAGGGAGAAACCUUAGCUGGGGAGUGACCGUGGAGAGAGCCCGAGAAGCAGCACUAUUGGACAGAAACGCCGAAAGCCGAAGCACCCCUGGCUCUGGGAUCGCACUCGCGGGUGGAGACGCAGCAUCUUAGUGGCUGCGGAAACGCCUGCCCCGCCGCGUUCCUGCCGGGCGCCGCCGGCCGGAGGACCCUCAGCUUGUGCCGACCCAGCCGCGGGGACCGGAAUCCCAGAGCCGCCAGGAGCUCUAGGCGGGUGUUGGCAAACUUUUCUCGAGCCCACGUGCUAACCAAGCGGCUCGCUUCCCGAGCUCGGGAUGGAACGCCGCGCCUAGGCACCCCUUGCCUCCCGAGACGUAUGUGCGCACGGUUCAUGGUAGAAGAGAUGCUGAACGCGCCGAAUUGACCAGUGCAGCCCCGGGGCUAGUGGCAACCCUUCCUCUGUGUCGUCCCCAGCAGCGCAGCCGGUGCCGUCUCUUUGGAUGAACCUUUCAGUUCCCCUACUUUGAGAGGCGUCUCUCCUCCGCCCGACCGUCCAGAUGCAGUUUCGCCUCUUCUCUUUUGCCCUCAUCAUUCUGAACUGUAUGGAUUACAGCCACUGCCAAGGCAAUCGAUGGAGACGCAGUAAGCGAGGUGGGUCCCUCUCAGCUGAAGCUAGUUAUGUAUCAAAUCCCAUUUGCAAGGGGUGUUUGUCUUGUUCAAAGGACAAUGGGUGCAGCCGAUGUCAACAGAAGUUAUUCUUCUUCCUUCGAAGAGAAGGGAUGCGCCAAUAUGGAGAGUGCCUGCAUUCCUGCCCAUCAGGGUACUACGGACACCGAGCCCCAGAUAUGAACAGAUGUGCAAGAUGCAGAAUAGAAAACUGUGACUCUUGCUUUAGCAAAGACUUUUGUACCAAGUGCAAAGUAGGCUUUUACUUACAUCGAGGACGUUGCUUUGAUGAAUGUCCAGACGGUUUUGCAUCAUUAGAUGAGACCAUGGAAUGCGUGGGAUGUGAAGUUGGUCACUGGAGCGAAUGGGGAACUUGUAGCAGAAAUAAUCGCACGUGUGGAUUUAAAUGGGGUCUGGAAACCAGAACACGGCAAAUUGUUAAAAAGCCAGCAAAAGACACAAUACCAUGUCCAACCAUUGCUGAAUCCAGGAGGUGUAAGAUGGCCAUGAGGCACUGUCCAGGAGGGAAGAGAACACCCAAGGCAAAGGAGAAGAGGAACAAGAAGAAGAAGAGGAAGCUGAUAGAAAGAGCUCAAGAGCAACACAGUGUCUUCCUAGCUACAGACAGAGCAAACCAAUAAAAGAUGUGUAUGGUGUCUGGGGGCGGGGUGUUGUUUUUGCAAAGGUGCACAAAGCUACUCUCCACUCCUGCACACUGGUGUACAGUGUUCUUAGUAACAUUGUGAAAGGAGGAGCCCCAAGCAUGGUCUCUGGGUUAUUUAUGCUUUGAUUUGAAUCUGGAGCCUGCAAAGGCAGGAGCUCAUUGACCUUAACCAGUGGAAGCUGUUAUAAGUGCAUGACCUGUGAUUGACUGGGCGCAUGCGGGCACUGCGGACAUGCGGGAGGUGAGGCUGUUGACCACCACUGGAGAAGGCGCUUGUGCCUAUUUAUGUGAAAGAAGAUGCUCAGCAGGCGAAGUGCUAUUCACUUGUGACCUUUAUUUCUCACAUUGUGCAUUUUCAAGGAUAAAUGUCCGUGGAUAUUUGCUUAGCAUUACCACAUGGUGUUCUCAAGCAUCUGUGACCUGCAAACUGUCCUGUGAUGAGGCUGCUUCUUAGCUGGGGAUAUGCAACAGAAAUUCCUGUUCAGUUUCAGUGCCGUGCUAACGUGUACAUAUUCUGCUGGGGCUACAUACAAAGUCCUAUUUACUGUAUAUUUAUGCUUUCUUGUGUGUAAUAAGUCAUACCUGAUUAAUAUGAUGUCACUUUGUUUCUAGUGGUUUCUAACCAUUGUCUGGUAAAAUGACUUAGUUUUGCAAAUUGACAAAUGUUUUGUUGCUUCUUGGAACUUGUUUUUGUGUGUUUGGGCUUAUUUCUCAUUGUAAAGAUAGGAUAAGCUAAUUUGUACAUAGUCAAAUGACUGGUGUCAAAGUUUCAGUAUCAGCAGACCUUCCCCAGUCCGUGUGUCCCACAAAAAAAGCAGCAUGUGACAUCUGGCCAUCAGAAGCCAGAACUCUGAGUCUAUUAUGUGAUGGCUUUAUGAAGCACUAUAUGCAAUUGUAGUACUCACAGUGUAGUUUAUUUCUGACUUAAAAAAAAAGUUAACCCAAUCCCUGACUUUGAAUGGCACCUACCAAUAUUCUUGGCCCUCUCUAAAUUUGUAUCAUGAAACCAGGAACAGAAUUGAGGAGAAAAAUGGUUGAAUUGCUACAACUGCUGGUCAGAUGUAAACAGGUUUCCAGUAAGCCAGAAUCCAUUUCAAAUCCAAAACAGAGGAACUUGAUAGAAACUUCCCAGUUGACUUACAGAGCAGUUGUUUCAUAAACAUCACUGUCCACUCAGGGCAACAGGUUAUCAGUUAAAAAUUGGCUUCUUUUAAAACAUCAUUACCUUCCUGAGUGAUCCAGGAGAAAAUUAGGACACUAAAUAAAUGGUUGUAGAUUAUUGAGGAAAUAACCAAAGUAAGGUAAAACCCUUUUUUCACCUUGCAUUGGCAAAACUACCUCUUCAUUUUUGUUAACGUUUGAGUCAAAAGCAUCUUACAGAUACGUAUAAAUGUCAUAUGCAUCAUUAUGAAAAUAUUGCUAUGAGAUAAUAAUAAGCCAUAUAUGAAUGUUGUAUACAACUUUAGGGUUUGCAUUUAAUCCUAAAGUGCUCACCUCCUUUCAUGUCUAUUUACACUAUAUUCCUAUUUACUAAGUGGGGAGGGGUCUCCUUUAUAUAGUGCUUCAUUGUUAAUAAGUUGAUGCCUGUUCUGUUUCUGUUCUUUUGUGCAUUAAAAACUUUAAAAUUUA